CACAGGCCUAUUCCACAUGCUCCUCCGGUAAUAUGGAGGCAUUUUAUGUCACAUUACGCAUCGCUCUGGUAUUUUAUGUCAUCGCCCCUGGAUCAUCGAGUUGUCUGACCGGCUGCUCCUGCACAGAUGAUAUCUUUGGAAGGUCUUUACUAUGUAUGGAAACCUCCAUGGGACACAUCCCAGAGGACAUCCCACACGAUUUAAGGAAGGUCCGUAUUGAAAACUGCCACCUGACCGAGUUACAGCAAGGAGCUUUCUCUAAAGUUAGUGCCUUGGAGUUCCUCUGGCUCAACUUCAAUGAGAUCACCCUGAUGAACAUUAAAAGCCUGGAGGGGCUCGCCAACCUGACGGAGCUGAGGCUACAAGGGAACAAGUUGACUUCGGUGCCCUGGACGGCAUUUCAGGAUACGCCGAAACUCAAGAUUUUGGACCUGAAGCACAAUCGACUGGACGUCCUACCUGAACACGCUCUGAGGAACUUACCCGUCCUGACCUAUUUAGAUUUAUCCGUCAAUCACCUUAGCGUCAUAUCAAAAGAUGUCUUCAUUAACUGGCCUCUCUACCAAGCAGCAGGGAGAGCGUGGGAGAAAGAAGGGCUGGUCUCCAAUGUGGUUAUUGCGCUGCAUGACAACCCCUGGUUGUGCGACUGCCGCCUCAAAGGCUUUGUUGAAUUCAUCAGGACCAUCAGCACUCCCAUCAUCCUGAUGAACUCUUAUCUGAAGUGCUCAGGCCCCGUCUCCAAAGCGGACAAGUUUUUCCACGAGAUCCAGUUAAAAACAUGCAUGCAGCCCGUGGCCUCUGCCCCGGAGACUAACAUAACUUUACCUCUCGGGGCAAAUGCAACGCUUACAUGCUUAGUCAAGGCCAGACCAGACCCGACCAUUCAGUGGAUGUACAGUCUGAAGAUUAAAAGAGGAUUUUCUGUAACGGAGAAUCACAUCGAUGCAGAGACCGUCGCCUCCCAGCUGGUCAUCCCCUCCCUUCACCUGGCCGACCGCGGCCUUUACACCUGCAUGGCCAACAACUUCAUCGGCAACUCCUCUGUGAGCAUCAUGGUCGACAUCCCUUCGUCCAACUCCUCCGCCCCUCUCCCUCCGCCUGUCCGCAUGUUGUCAUCCGGUGACAACGCCUUCAUUGAAAUGCGCAUCGCCAAGCAGACGGUGUACGGCAUCACCCUCGAGUGGUACGCGGCGACAGACAACCCUUCUGAGACCUGGUUCACCAUCCACUUUGGCAAAUAUGAUUCACCUAAAAAGGAGACGAUCUACAUCGGCCCCGGCAUCAACAGCUACUCAGUCAGCGACCUGCUCCCCGUCACCAAGUAUGAGGUGUGCGUGACCCUGAAGAACCACCCGCCGCGGGAUGGCCAGUGCAUCGUGUUCGUGACGGGAAAUGACAUCAGCGAGCUGGAGCAGAGAGAGAGGCUCAUCCACAUCAUAGUCAUCGUGUGCGCCAUGGUGCUGGCGGUGCCGGCCGGCAUGUACGCCUGCACCACAGAGGCCAGGUUCAACUGCGUUGAGCGCUGUGUGGAUCUGUGGAGGAGGCGCAGGAGGCACGGAGGGAACCUGCAGGGAACGGAGAGGCAGGGCACCUUCGACAGCCUGCAGGCGACCAGCGAGGAAGGCCUGUGCAAGGACUCGGAGGAAAAUCCGAAAACGAGGGGGAAGGCUGAGGCUAGGCCCAAAGGAGGAAGUGCGGCUCAUCUGUAUUAGAAUCAAAGUCCAACAUUAUGUUUACCGCGUUAGCUCAUCUUUUACUGUUACAUUUAAGCUCACUACUACACCUUAUUUUCUGAAAAACCCUAAACCUAGCCCUAACCCCAAACCCUUAACCUGAGGUAUUCAUUUUCCAUAAUAACUACGUUUGCUGUAGAAACGUGACUUAAAUGCAACGGUAAAUAUGGCAGGUUGCAACAUUGUGUAGAAAGACAUCCUGUAAAUAGUUUAAAUUUCUGAAAAUUUUAAAUAUCAAAAUGGAGAGGCCUUUCUUCCUUAUUCUAAGGAUUGUUAAUAUCUGUGUUAAUGUUCUUGUACAUAAAGUGUAUUGUAAAAUGUAUUGAUAUAAUAUUUUCUUUGUGUCACUUUUGUUUCUGAAUGUGUUGAUACUGAAUACAGAGACAUGCACUUCUAAAUAAUAAAAAAAAAACAAUGGGUAUAUUUCACUGUUAAAUUCACCAAAUAAAAUUCUAAUAGAGCUUAUUAUGUGUGAGUUUAUGCUUCAGAGGACUUAUGUUGGGAG